AUGGCACUUCCAUUGGAGAUAAUAACGGAGAUAUUUUUGCGAGGACCGGUGAAAUCAUUUUGCAGAGCCAAAGCGGUGUGUAAGCUUUGGUUUGGUUUGUUUGCUCAAUCUGUCUUGGCGAAAAAGCACUAUGACCUAGCAGUAGACCAAAAUAGAAUCGCGAAAAAAAUAAUGUUGUUUUCAUGUUUCGUAAAUGAAAUACUAGCAGUAGACGUAACGAAGCCUCUUGUUGCUCCAGAUGCCAGUUGCAUUCUUCGCUCCCCAUUGGCCAACUCCAUUCGGUACAGUAAAAUCGUUGGUACAUGUAGGGGAAUGGUACUAAUUUCGGUGCCUACUUCGAUGUUGAUAUGGAAUCCGUCUACCGGAUUUACUCGUUCAUUUUGUCCAUGGUCAGCUACUACAAUAUCUAUAUGCGGGGAUGUAUUCGGUCUGAACUUCUAUGGAUUUAGUUAUGACCGAUCUGAAGACAAUUAUGUUGUCCUUCAAAUUUAUCUUAGUAAACAUGAUACAUCCCAUCGCGCUUUGCUAUAUUCUGUCAAUGAUGAUUCAUGGAGGGAUAUCAAAGAUGACUCCCUUUCCACCAUUACACGCCCUUCUGUUUGUGUUCAUCAGGGAUCUAUGGGAUUGUAUUUUGCAGAUUCUCUUCACUGGAUUACUUUCAACUAUGAAACAAAUGCUGAUGUUAUUUUGGCUUAUAAUAUAUUUGAGGCUAAAUUUUAUGAACUAAGUAUUCCGGAUGAAGUUGAAUUACAGGACUAUAGUGUCUGUUGUUUGAGAAUUAUAAGAGACAGUUUGGCUUUGUGUACAGUCAUGCAUGAUGAAAACUGGGACUACACGGUGGACAUAUGGGAAAUGAAGGAAUAUGGUGUCACAACAUCUUGGUCUAAGUUGACAUGUAUGCAGUAUUUUCUAGUCAAAUAUGUUGAUGUCUGGAACGUGAACAACUACAAAAUUUGUGUGUUGAUUGAUGAGCAAGGAAAUAUGGUGAAGUCUGACAUUAAAAGAAAGUGUACAAAGCGUAACAAAAAGGAGUUUUACGUGGGCAAAGAAUGGGGUCAACUGAUUAAGCGACAAGGAUACAACGAAGACCAAAUGUUGAAAAUUGAAAAAAUGAAUGACCCCAAUUAUUUAGUUUUGAAUGUUGACAAAGCUUGA